UCUGAUGACGGCCUCCUCUUUCUCCGUCCACGGCGGUUGCCCAACAUGGCGGCGCUCGACGGGAAUUUGCCGCAUCGUCGGACCCCGUGAACCGAGUGGGAACGGAACGUUCCUACGCCCGGUGUGGUUUUGACUCCCUGUAGUGGACUGGUGUAAGCCUGGAUAUCCCCAUGUGCCAUGUCGUCAAGUUCGAAUCGCGACCCCGGCUGUGCACCGGGCGCUGGAGGAGCAAAUGGGAGCGAUUCCCACCAUUUUCAAUACGUGGGUCCCUACCGGCUCGAAAAGACCCUGGGAAAAGGACAGACAGGCCUGGUGAAGAUGGGGAUUCACUGUGUGGCUGGCCGCAAGGUGGCUGUCAAAAUCAUCAACAGGGAGAAACUUAGCGAAUCUGUUCUACAAAAGGUCGAAAGGGAAAUUGCAAUUAUGAAACUCAUAGAACAUCCUCACGUCCUUGGGUUAUACGACGUCUACGAGAACAAGAAGUACCUCUAUCUUAUUCUGGAGCAUGUGUCUGGGGGGGAGCUCUUCGACUACCUGGUGAAGAAGGGCCGGCUGACGCCCAAGGAAGCCCGCCGCUUUUUUCGGCAGAUAAUCUCGGCGCUCGACUUUUGCCACAGCCACUGCAUAUGUCACAGAGACCUGAAGCCGGAAAAUUUGCUACUGGACGAAAAGAACAACAUCCGAAUCGCGGACUUCGGCAUGGCUUCCCUACAGAUGGAAGGGUCCAUGUUGGAAACGUCUUGUGGUUCACCGCACUACGCGUGUCCAGAAGUCAUCCGGGGCGAAAAAUAUGACGGUCGAAGAGCAGACGUAUGGAGUUGUGGAGUAAUUUUGUACGCUUUAUUAGUGGGUGCCUUACCGUUCGACGACGACAACCUGCGGCAGCUCCUGGAGAAGGUGAAGCGGGGCGUGUUCCACAUUCCCCACUUCGUGCCGCCCGAGUGCCAAGAUCUGCUACGCGGAAUGAUCGAGGUCAAUCCGGAGAAAAGACUCACGCUAGCCGAAGUAACAAAGCAUCCUUGGGUUACGGCGGGAAGCAAGACAGAACUAGAACUGGAGCUUCCAAUGAAAGAAGUCGUGCAGACGCACAUUAUUCCGAGCGUAGACGACAUCGACCCCGAUGUGUUGUCGAACAUGACUUCUUUAGGCUGUUUUAAGGACAAAGAAAGACUUGUCAAAGACCUCCUCAGCACAUGUCACAACACAGAGAAAGUGAUCUACUUCCUGCUGCUCGACCGGAAGCGACGGAAACCCUCGUACGAAGAUGAAACGGAAAUUAUCAUCCGAAAUCGAUCGGAAUCUGCCGAUCCUCCACGAAAGAGAGUGGACACGUGUCAGGUGAAUGGAAGGGGAGGACCCAGAUACGCCUUCGACAUGCUGAGCGACGGAUCGCCCAUUACACCACGGCGGUAUCCGUACGGUAUGGUGCGGCGCGGCAGCGGCGCAGGGGGGUUGCACGGGGGCAGCAGCGGCCCGAGCCCUGCCGUGUCUCCGCUCAACUCUCCCAAGCCCGGGGGCAUGUCGGGAGGAAGAGGGGCUACAACACCCGAGGAAAGCCCGCUGAACACUCCUCCUGGUUCCCCUUCGCUAAAUCAACCUUACUGGCGGUCCCGGCUGCACACGAUCAAGAAUAGCUUUCUAGGAAGUCCUCGUUUCCACAGGAGGAAGCUGCAGGUGCCUUCUGCUUCCGACGAAGUCAGUCUAACACCGGAUUCAUCACCCGAGCUUUCGAAGCGCUCGUGGUUUGGAGGACUGAUGGCCAAUGAACGGGAAGAAAGCCAUAUGAUCCUGGUCAAAGACCGUCCACUGAGUUCGGUGAAAGCUGACCUCAUUCAUGCCUUCCUAUCGAUUGCCGACCUGAGCCACAGCGUUGUCUCCCCAAUGUCCUUUCGGGUGGAAUACAAGCGUCCCGGGAGCACGACCAUGUUUCAGCGUAACGUGCGCUUCCACGUGGACAUCAGCGUCGUAGGAGAUGGGAGCCCCAAUGGCGGAUCUGCCCUCGACAACAAGCCUGCCGUCUAUUGCAUCAGCUUCACGCUUAUUUCAGGUCCUAUCCGGAGGUUCAAGCGCAUUUGCGAACACAUCCAAGCCCAGAUUCUCGGCCGGCGGCCUGGUAGCCACUCACCCCGCAUCAACCGACGACCGCCGACGUCUGAGCUAAGCGACAGUUCUUCUUGCGGUUCCGAAUCUCUUUCUCCGACCCAGGUCAGCGAUGACAUCACUCAUGUCCUGGUCGCAGCCACUGGCGUGCCGAUGGCUCGUUGCAAAUCAGACCAGGACGCAGCCUGCGACAUCUUUGAACGUGAAGCUAAAGCGGCAGCCGCUUGCCACCGUCGUGCCAUGGACGGUGCGACGUCUUCUAUCGCCAACGGGCGACGUCUCAGCUACGACCUCAAGGGGUCCAGGGACAAGGUCUGACCCUCCGGGACACCGUUAAGCCUCCUGCGUUUGUGAAGAGUGGAUACAACGCUUAUUCUCGUUGUUUCGAUGAUUUCAAGAACAACCAUCGGAUGGGAUGAAUGCUUUGUCGAGGUACAUUCCUGGCUUUGGAAGUUAGACCACUUCGAGUGGACUUCGCAAAUGUCUUCAGAAGUUCAAGUCCACAAAUCCUGGUUCUUAGCACCAGAUGUCUUCUAGUCGGCUGAAUGCUCCUGUGUGGAUACCUUGAUAAGAAAAGAUGGUGUGUGCGUGUGUGUGUGUGUGCGUGUGUGGUGAAACUGGCAGAUGGGUCACAUCUUAAGAAGGACAUUGGAAUUUUCUUUUCAUUUUUUUUUUCCAGACUUAACAAUAGUGGCUAUUCUCCUCGCGAAGGGCCUCGAGCCUGCCUGCCUGCCUUCUUAUUAUCCUAAAAUGGAUGGUGCAGGAGAUAGAAGUGGAGUUUCAGAGAAACGAAAGAUAUGUUCUUUUUCUUGCUCGUGUAUAAACUGCGCCUCUUCGGGAGCAGCCCGCUUAGGUAAUCAAGGUUUCCGUUUUCCUACAAAGUCAUUCCAGUAGUACGCCUUGCAUACGAUUCAGCAAUGCGCGGUUUAUAGGCGUGAACCAGACACUUUCGCAGCAGGUGCUUGCUGCAGUUCUUUCGUGAUUACUGCGUUCGCCAAACGUGGGGAUAUAGUGGAUGCGACUGAAGCCCACAGCUAUUUAAAAUAUAGCGAAUGUACACGUUCUUAGUUCUGGCGCAAGUUUAGCAUGGUGAAUAUCUGUCGAGAUAGUGAAACACUGCACAACACAUCAACGUUUCAAUGUAGAAGAACAACGUACGUGAACCACACUUGUCGGUAGAAGAAAAUGAGAAAUCUUAAGUUCAUCUCAUUCCAAAUCUUAUCGUACUUCAGCGGAUCAAGCAGCGCCAUCUAUGUAUCAGUUUGUCGAGCAGUUUUUUCCUGAAACUUCCCAACCUUUUCGGAAAGAAUCCACUACCCUUGCUGUAGUUCAAGUUCCUUGAAGUAGUGUUAUCAAAAGAAUGUUCUUACUCAUGUGCCCGAAGAUGUUUACUGUGUGUGUACAAGCUGACGUUUUAAAAUAUCGCUCGUUAUACGUGUCCUUUCAAGAAGUAACAAGAGUUUGAGAACUGGUCGACAGGUGGCAGCAAACGCGAUUUCAUGAGCGCUCCUAUCAGAGGCUAUGCAAACGGGGGCUGUAAACUGAUUGCGUGUUCCUCAGAUAACUAUUGACAUCUUCACUAUCCAGUAACAGUGCUUUCUUCAAAACAUGUGCACAUACUGUAAGCGAGAGUUAGGCUCAACAAAUUGUUAAUGUACGUCAAUUUUUCGUGCAAUCUCAGUAACAAAAAAGUCGGUUGCUUUAUAAUGUGCGCGGCAGUGAUGUUUGUUAUAAAUGUACCCCAUGUUGACACGAGCAUUUUGCGUUAGCCACUGAACGUUGCCCAGCAUUUGAUGGCAACAAACAUUUUCUGGGAUCUUUUUUUACGUUAUGAGAUGAGCGUUCAAUCGAAGGUCGUUUAAAAUUGUCGCGAAAAAAUGAAACAAGAAAAGAAGAAAACUUCGUUUUCGCAAGGUUUGACGCAUGCUUUUCAAUAUCCGUAACGCUUGUAAAUGUAACCUUGUGGUGCUAAAGAAGUCAGUUAAAAUGUUCAAAUUGUACAUGACGACCUCUUAUAAACCUGCUAUCUCGUGCGACUUAAUGGACCUUUUUCAUGACGCUUCUGCGCAUGCUCUGAACCCUGACGGCGCCGAAGAGUGUUCCCUGCGUAUUCAAUAGAUGGCGCCAAUAUGGCGCCGGCUGCGCUUCCAAGCGCGGCGAUCGUGUUUCGCUGGACGGCCGCUAGGAUAUGACCGCGAGUGUGAAAAACGUCCAUACGAGCAAGACCUAUCGAAACUGAAACAUGACGCAAAAUGCGGUCACCUUGAACACCAUCCUACCUAUUCGUACAACAACCACAUAUCUGUGUGAAAAACCAUCUACCCUGUGCAACUGAAGGUGAAACACGGGACGAUUACGUCACGUCAUACGUUGUUUCAUUGGGCCAGCCGGUGAAGACAACGUCAGUGCAUAUUCGUUCUAGUGCAGCUCGAACACAAAACAACAUAGACGACCCCUUACGUCAUCGAUUACGUAACCUCGCCGCGCAAGGCAUGCUGGUGGGCCCUUAUCAGCGCCGACGCGUUCUUCCCGCUUCUUGCUCUCCACAGCAAAAUAUAACCUGGAACCGGACUUCUCGUGACGUCACAUGUUUGUAAACAGAGGGGUCGUCUAUUGCGUUUAGUUCGCAUUACUGAAGUUAUGAACGUACACAUUACUGAAAACUUCUCGAAAAGAAGAAGAAGUCUCUAUAUUAUGUGGCCUAGCCACAAACCUUGCAGGUCUCUUCCAAAAAGGAUAGAAGGCCAACAAAAUUCUAGUAAGGCCUGAAACUCUUCUCUCGUGGCCCUUGGUGACGUCAUCACAUUCUUGUUGAACUCUGCCGGGGCAAAGCGCAAACGCGGCACGUGGCUAUCGAACUUGUUUCAUCUUCAUUUAAACGGCGUGGACUAGAUGUCUUGUAUAGUGUCCCAUGUCGCCCGAAAUACCUUAACAGUGAAUCACCCGCUUGUAAAUUAUGGGGCAUGCCAAUCCGCAAUUUGCUAAAGUGGUAGCAACAUGAAGCUUGGAACUGCGAUAGUGUUAGUAUGUCUGAUCCUGGAUUUCCCGGUGUUUUUUUUUUUCUGGAUGACAGUGACUUCCCGCAGGUCCAGGACAAUGCCUCUAGUUCAUGGUCAGACCGAGAACCGGGAGGCUUUGACAGUGAGAAACAUGAAAAAAAAAAGCUUGCAUUUUUUUUGUUCCAAUGUUUUGUUCCCAUAUAAAAUUAGUCAAUCACUGGUAACCAUCGUUCAACCAUUGUGUCGGGAUAAUAUACUACCACACUACGCAAUUUCCGGCAUCAUAUCUAAUGCUGUCACAGCGACACGCCUCACAGACUUGUAACCAAGGUGGCUCAGUCUUAAGUCGGAUAUCUGCGUGAGAUACGCCAAUAAGAACCGUUAGCCGUAAUAUUAUCCUCAUUGUCCACAAAUGUAUCACCGCAGGCUCACUAUAUGCAUAUGUACAUCCCACAUUCCACGUGAAAUGUUGCAACAUAAACUCACGGAAAAGCGCUGAUGAUUAUGCCCGCAAGAGGGAGGUGGUGAUCUGUGCUUGGAGGCAUGUUUGCUUUUGUCUUUGUUGCUUGGCGACGGUUUUGAAUCAAGUACAGUUUUCAGCAUCCGUAUUUGCCGCUUUGUUCCAUUGUGUAUAUAUGUGACUGUAUAGCUAUGUACAAAGUAUAAAGUAUCCACUGAUGGCUA